UCCUCUUUAUUCGGUUUCGCGGGACAAGGUGUCUUGCGGAGACGACGUCGUAACGACUACCAAAUCGGCGUCCCCUCUCGGUUUCCCAAUUGAAUUCGGAAGAGACUCCGAGAGGUUGCAGUGAUGGCGUCGGCGGCGGCAAAGAAAAGGCCCAAAGAUGCCGCCAUGAGCGCCGAUAAAAUGAGCGGGAGAAUCUUUCUUUACUCCAUUUUACUCGCUCUACAGUAUGGAGCUCAACCCCUAAUCUCCAAGCGAUUUACCAGACGAGAAGUUAUUGUGACUUCAUCCGUCUUAACUUGUGAGAUAGUUAAGGUCAUAUGUGCCCUGAGUUUCAUGGCCAAAGAAGGUAGUUUAAAGAAAACUUUUAGUGAGUGGACUGUCGUUGGUGCAUUGACUGCUUCAGGACUUCCUGCAAUUAUUUAUGCAUUACAAAAUAGUCUGCUGCAGAUAGCUUACAAGAAUCUUGAUUCUCUAACUUUCUCAAUGCUGAACCAAACAAAAAUACUCUUUACUGCUGUAUGUACGUAUUUGUUACUCAGGCAGAGGCAGUCCGUUCAGCAAAUUGGGGCUCUAUUUUUGCUGAUUGUUGCUGCUGUUCUUCUAAGUAUAGGUGAAGGAUCUAGUAAGGGUCCUGGUGAUGGCAAUCCUGAUCGAAUUUUAUUUCAUGGGAUUAUUCCUGUCUUGGUUGCUUCUGUGCUCUCCGGUUUGGCUUCCGCAUUGUGUCAAUGGGCUUCGCAGGUUAAGAAACACUCAUCAUACUUGAUGACUGUAGAAAUGUCYAUAGUUGGAAUUCUGUGCUUAUUUGCUAGUACAUAUAAGUCUCCUGAUGGAGAAGCUAUCAGACAGCAUGGGUUUUUCUAUGGUUGGACUCCUCUCACUAUGAUUCCAGUCUUAUUCAAUGCUCUUGGUGGAAUCCUUGUUGGCAUAGUUACAAGUAGGGCUGGUGGUGUUCGAAAGGGAUUCGUCAUUGUGUCAGCACUUAUCGUGACAGCAUUGCUGCAGUUCAUAUUUGAAGGCAAACCGCCUUCAUUAUUUUGCAUUGUGGCUCUUCCCCUCGUGGCCAGUAGCAUUUCUAUAUAUCAGAAGUACCCCUACAGAGUUAAAAAGAAGGAAUCAUAGGCUCUGACUUUAUAUAACCGAGCAAGAGACUUUAUCAGUCCAACACAAGGUUGGAAUUCGUAGAUGGAUCAUAGAGUUGAAGCUACAGGAAUAGCAUUAUUUUCAUAUUUUUGUCAUCUGAUUGAUAAUUGUACUUAAGAAGUACAAUACUUGAUUACAUUUAAAUUCAUAGAUGUUUGUAUCUGGACUUGUGACGAGCUGAUAUCAUGACGUAUAUGAACAUUUCAUAUUCUUCUGUCUGGGUGAGGAUUAUAGAA